UGCCCUUAAAGAUAGCAGAUUUCCCCCAAUGACGAGGGACGAACUGCCACGACUUUUCUGCUCAGUGUCUCUGCUUACUAAUUUUGAAGAUGUCUGUGAUUAUUUGGAUUGGGAGGUGGGUGUACAUGGCAUUAGAAUAGAAUUCAUCAAUGAAAAAGGAUCAAAACGCACAGCCACCUACUUACCCGAGGUUGCCAAGGAGCAAGGCUGGGACCAUAUUCAGACCAUAGAUUCCUUAUUGAGGAAAGGCGGUUAUAAGGCUUCAAUCACAAACGAUUUCAGGAAAACAAUAAAACUGACCAGGUAUCGUAGUGAGAAGAUGACCGUGAGCUACACAGAAUACCUUGCCCACCGACAGCAUCACCACUUCCAAAACGGCAUCGGGCACACCCUCCCCCCCUACAACCAUUAUUCCUGACACCGAGCCGUAUGACCAGUCUCUGGACUUUUCUGCAAACCUCUUCCCAGGAGAACCCCCUCCUUCUUGGUCUAGCUAUCUCUAUUACUGUACCAUUUUAUGAUGAUAAUUUCCGUUGCCAUGUUGAUGCUUCUCCACGGCAGGUUAAGCUCACCAUGGCAACGGGUGGAAACGCUGCAUCGUUACAAAGAUCCCCUUCGAUCUCUUCUCUCCCUCCCUCACACACUUUUUUUUUUAAAUGAGUCACUGUGGACUGGCUGGGUUUUCUUUUUUUCUUUUUUUUUUGUUAUGACAACAUAAAAAAACCCGAGGUCUUUUUUUUUUAAUAGCAUUUUAAAGUUCUACUUCAUUUAUCACUCAAUUGUAUCAAUCACCUUUUUCUGUGAAACUGUCAAUGGAAGGAAAGAAUGCAAAAGCCUCAGGCUAGAGAAGAAGGAAAUAGAGUAGUCUGCUCUUAAAAUCAUAAAAUAUUGGAUCCCAAGACAGAAGCAAAGCAAAGAUUGCCUUGAAUAGGAUGAGUUCUUCAGCAGUUCCCCAAGAUAAAGCUUGUAAGAGACUACACAGACAUCUGCUUCCUGGUCUGGUUGGGCCAGAUAAAUAACAGUGAUAAGCUGAAUUAAUUAUGAUGAGGAACAGAUGGUGAUUUUGGUUUGUACCAGGGGUGUCCAACCUUGGCAACUCCCAGUUAUUCCCCAGAUAGUAUGAGUGGCUGGGGAAUUCUGGGAGUUGAAGUCCACAAGUCUUAAAACCACCCAAGUUGGACACCCCUGGUUUAGACAUAAUCAUAGCAAGACUUUUAUUACUGACCUGGAUUGAGGUCCUGGUUCGAAUCCUUUCAAAUCACUGGAACUAAAAAUUGGGCAGAUAAAUAGUCUGUGUCUCCCCACUCCCAGUUCCUAAAUCUGCCUUCGGGUGGAUGCUGUGAUCUGCCAAGCUCUAUCCUCCAUCAGUAAAUUGAUAAAGGGCAUCAGUCAGAGUCAUUCCCAGAUUCUUUUUUCAACUUCUCAGAUGUUUCUUGUGGAGUUUAAUCAGGACUAGCAGCUUGAAGAAACGGCCGAAUUAGGAAGUCAGCAAAUUUUGAUAUUAGUGCCUUAGGGGCCACAAGUUUUGGAAAAAGGAAGGGAAGACAGCAGAAGCACAAGAGGAGAUGCCUAUUCCAAAUUCUAAACUUUCCAGGCAGGUGAAAAAAACGUUCUUUGGAGAGCAGGAUCCAAUUUUUUGUCUCCUACCUUACAAGGCUUGCCCCUGUACAAAUUAGCCAUUCUUUAUGGCACAAUUUUUGGUGCUUUUGUUGAUGAAAAGAAAACCAAAGUAAGGUGCACUGAAACAAAAAAGAGAGAAGAGAGAGCAAAAGAAAAGCUCACUGAUUUUUAGAAAAACCGUAAAGGAUAAUAAUUUUAAAUUAAAAAUCUAAGAGCAGUUACCUCUUUUUAAUGAAGCUGCAAAUGCAGCGCUAGAAAUAUUUUUGGAUAGCAAACAGAGGGCAUUGUACCAAGUUACCGGAAUCGGAAUUGUUAACCAUCGGGGGGUGGAAAUAGCAGAGGUAGCUCGUCCUAACCAACCUUGAAGUCUACAAAGGGAGAAUUCAUGGAGUUCUCGUUUCAAAACUCAUACAAACUUUAAUGAAAUAGAUCUCAGAGCUCUGUUUCAGAGAUCCUUCUUGGUCAUUAGAAGAACGUCUUAGAGGAGGCAGAUACCAUUUUGGCAGAAGUCGUUCCCGCCCCCUCAUCCAUUUCAUCCCAUUUAGGGAUCUUCAUAGACAUAGACUUAGAACCAAUAGGAAGCCGUAUCACAGGCUCUGAAGGAUGGUUGAAAAGAAUUGACUAGGGUCCCAGAUGGAGAAGCCAGGAAAAAGCCCAUUUCGUCAGUCUUUCCUUCCAUCCACAGUAUUUGAACGUCUGAAUAUUAACUUUCUGUUUUGAUGCCUUAAUUUUCAAAUAAGCAAAAAUCCUGGAAAAGAAAAAAAAAGAAAGAAAAAAAAGGGCAACGGAUGAGGAAAAGAACCCGUUGGAGCUUCAGUUUGAAGUUCUUGGGACGUCUUUCCCUGUCGGGAGGGUGGAAAAAGGGGUUGGGUUUUUUUAUGUGAAAAGUAUUGUCAGUUGCUGUCUAAUUGCAACUUUCCCUGUUUUGCCUUGAAAGGGAAACUUGAGCACAAGUUAAAAGCAAAAUUUCUCUGCUGCAAGCAUUUGGAAUAUCUACCAUUGCCACCCAACAUACAAACAAACACACCAACACAAACACACAACACACAGCCAUCUUUCUCAUUACAGUUCAUACUUCUGGGUGAGCUCAAUGUUAAAAAGUUUUUUUUAAAGAAAAAAAAAGAUCUAUUAUAUAUAUUAAAAUAUAUAUGUGUAUUUAAAGGUGCUAAUCAUCUUAAGCAGGUCACGUGACUGGUCAUGCGGACUCUAAAAUCAUAUCAGAUUUUUUUUAGAAAAAAAAUCCUCAAUAUAUGCAGAUGUUAUACAGAAUUUCUUACCAGUGUAAUAAUGAUAUACUGAUUUAAAUAAAAAUAAAAAAAUCCUGCAGGGUUUGAAGGAAGAGGUCAGCAAUACUUCCCACCGUGGCUUGGAGGAGGAACAAAAAAACAAAAAGGAUCAUCUUGUCAGCGUAAUGCACAAUGUUUUUUUUUUAAUUUUCUCUCGUUUUGAGUGUCUCCGUAUAGCUAUCCGCUUUGGGAACUUAAUCAAAAAAAACAACAGCUGUCGUUCAAAGGGUUGAACAAACUGGAAAGGUGCGCUUUAAAAAAAAAACCAAAAAAAACCUCCAGACUCUUUUGAACCUGUUGUAAAUCUCUAUGUUUGUUUUGAGAGCUAUUCCUGGAAUCUUGCAAGGCUGGCGAGAUGCAUCAGCGGAUAACCUUGGACAUAUGGGUGGAGAUCUGUGGGCUUCAGUGGCACCUGUGCUUUGUUUUUCGCUGGUUGCGUUCCUUGGGUCAGGGAAGGGCAUGGCCAUGCCAUGUUCCGGCAGGAGUCUCCAACCUUGGCAACUUGACGACUCGUGGACUUCAACUCCCAGAAUUGUGGCAGCUGAAGUCCGCAAGUUGCCAAGGUUGGAGACCCCUGCCUUACUAAAUUGCCCCAACCGUGCUACCCUCCUUAGGCAUUCCCCCCACUCCCAAGGCCCAAAGUAGCUUUUGCGGUUCCUCUUCCAUCUGCAAAGCCGUGCCCGUUUCCAACCUGGGAUUUUUUUGGUCCCUGAGCCAAAGGUCGGGUGUUGUUCAGGCAGCGAUUGUGUUUUUCUCGCCUUAUUUCAUUCCAAAAAUAAUAAAUCUAAAAGGCGGUUUAGUUUUUAGCUUUAAAUGUUUUUUUUCUUACACCUGUGUGGUGAAGGACAGUUUGGGAACGAACGUCCGGCUGAAGCUCAGAGAGAGGAGGAGGCGAUGGGCGCCGACCACUGGCCCAUCCGGGAGAGAUGCGGGUGCCGCGCGGUGUGCAUUUCCAUGGUGCCAUCUUGGCUCUGGGGUUGGGCAUGGGGUCCCGCGAGGAAGGAGGCUCCCUGUGCUGAUGCACCGUCAGCCGGGA